AUGCACUUACUUAGCUUAAUUUUGUCGUUCCCGUUGAUUUAUGUGAAUUGUAUAAGAAACUUCCCUGAAAUGAAUAUCAAGGAACUCAGAUCAAAUGAACUAUCACAUUUCGGCAGAGUUGAUGUCGGAAAAAUAGACAUUAUUGAAGCCAACAGUCUUUAUGAAUCAGAAGAAGUACUUAAUAAAUUAAUUUUAGCAACAAAAAGGCAGCAGGAAUUAAAAGAAAUAGAAAUAAAUAUUAAAGCAGCAAUUGCUUCCAACUUGCAUAAAUUGAAUGCAAUCAGUGAACUAUUACAAAUGUUAAUUGAAAAAACAUCGAUAGAGAUUAAUGGGGUCGUCACUGAACUUAAAAGUACCGUCAAAGAGUCUGAGAAAACAAAAAAUAUGUUCUUGGUGCAGCAGAACUACAAGGUUGUCCCAACGAAAAAGCUUCCAUUGGCAGAGUAUUCUGAAUCUGAACUGGACACUUUCUCCAAAUUUUCGUCAGGCGGUGAAUAUAAUGGCCUUGAUUGCCCCCUUAGUUGUUCUCCAAGUAGUUGUGAUAAUAAGCCAAAGGAGUCAACUCAUUGUUUUAGAGCAGAAACUCUAAAAGAUGGCACUUUUAUUUCUAACUGUGUACCAUUUAUUAAUCUUAAAACGUUAACAUGUCCAAAAGGUUUUAUUCGUUGUGCACUAUCACAGCCAAGUAGAGGAAAUUUGUAUGAAAUACUAAAAUCUACAGAAAUAGAUCCAGAAAAUACUAUUAAAACUGUUCCCAGCAACAGAAAAAGAUCGAUUGCGAUUUCGGGUAGAAAUAUGCAUCAAUGUUUAAGAUUGCUUGUUGUCUCCAAAAAAACGAGUUGUAAUAUAGAAAAUAUUUUUGCAGCGGUUGACGAGUCAAGACAAUUAAUUAUUCCAAAUGGAAAUAGCGUAUUUCCUAUUAUUAAGGGGGAUGUUGCCUUGUUUGAGAAUGUUCAAGUUAAGAAGGCAGGAAAAUUUCAGCUUUGCCUAUUGCAAUUUUACCAAGACCCUAAUAUCAGUGGGGGAGAGGGUGCUAGAAUUAUGGGCUCGGAUUCUAUUGGCGAGUUAAAUGUAUUGACUGAAGAUGGUGAAACCCAUGAAAACUUAGAAUUCAACAACAGUGAAAAAAAGCUUGAAGUAUCUGUAGAAGAUAAAGAAUCAAAUGCAGCAGAUUCAACUAUUAAAGAAGAAAAAACUUCCUUAAACAGUCAAGGGAAGGAAAGCGAAAAAAGGGUCGAUUUAUUGGAAAACGACGAUGAAAUCAAAUUGGAUGAUGAUAAAAAAAAAAACCAUUGGGGAGUAUUUUGGUACUUGUUACCGAUCAUAUUAAUUCUAUUUUUAUCAGGAACAGGAUUUAUAUAUUAUUACUAUUUAAAUAACAAAGAAUUUGUUCAUUCAAAAAUUAUGUCUUUACCAUAUUUUGGCACACUAUUUAAUACUGCGAACACCAUCACCAAUGAAAAUAAAGAGAAAUAA